CCGUGUACGUUUUUUACUACCACCUUUUCUCCAAAGUCCAAUACUGCAGCUCUGUCAGCUCUUAAGCUAUCAGCUUCCGUGCAGUUUUCACUGGAAAAGUAAAAAAGGAAUAUCUUCGCAAUUCUGAACAUGUCUGCACUUAACAGGAAAUUCAUUUACACCACUUCAGCUCCGGCAGCGAUUGGCCCAUACAGCCAGGGGGUGCUGGUGGACAGAACCAUGUACAUAUCUGGUCAGAUUGGAAUGGACGUGGUCACUGGUCAGCUAGUGGUGGGAGGAGUUCAAGCACAGGCCAAACAGGCUCUGACUAAUAUGGGAGAAAUCCUCAAAGCUGGCGGCUGUACCUACAACAAUGUUGUGAAGACCACUGUGCUGCUUAAGGACAUCGAUGACUUCAACAGUGUCAAUGAGGUCUACUCUUCAUUUUUCAGCAGUAAUUUUCCUGCCAGAGCUGCUUACCAAGUUGCUGCUUUACCCAGAGGCGCUCUGGUGGAAAUUGAGGCAGUUGCAGUCCUGGGUCCUCUCUCUGACUCCUGACUAGGCGACCCCAUCACCAACAAGCUGUAGCCUCACUUUUAGAUGUGAUUGAAAAAAAAUAGUCUCCAACUUUAAGAACAGAACAUUGUCUUCAUGUGAAAUUCUUACCAAGUAAGUAAUAGCAAAGUAAACUAAGAUUUGAUGUGUCUAAGUUUACUCAAAUCUGUCCCCAAAAGAAAAGCCCUCACUAAACAUUGUUUGAGUGCUGCGCUUUAUUGACUUUUCUGACGGCUCUUUGUGGAUUCAAGGUUCAUCAAAACCUUAAGAAAUCAUGAAAUUUAGCAAAUAAAUGAAGCAGACAGCACUUUUACCUUU